AACGCGCUUGGUUGGCAAUCAAUCAACCGAUCUCUAGAGAUAUACGGAGGAGGGUAGGUAUACGAUUCCAAAGUCUGAUUGAGAUCUCCCGAAUUCGCGGUGGUUUCCAUCUAAUCCAAUCCAAGAUCCAAGAGAUAAUAACAAUCGAGUACCUCCUGAUUCCUCAGCUCAGAGGCUACCAACACGACGACCCAACCAACCCGAUGGAAGAAGCCCCAUGCAAGAGGAGUCGCACCAACGACGACGCAGGCACCGGCAUCAUGGCCGGCGGCGGCGGGGACGACCGGCUGAGCGCGCUGCCGGACUGCCUCCUGCACGAGAUCAUGUCCCGCAUGAAGGCCCGGCAGGUGGUGCAGACGUGCGUGCUGUCCGCCCGGUGGAGGCACCUCUGGCGCUCCGUGCCCUGCUUCGACGCCGACGAGGGUGAGUUUGAGUUCACUGUCGCAGAGGCGCGCGCGGCCCCGACCUUCCCGGACCUUUUGGAGAUGCGGUGGGAGAAGUUCGAAGACUUCAUGGACAUUCUGCUCUCCCCCGGCAACGUUUCCAUUGCCCACUUGGACAAGUUCCGGCUGGGCUUCACCGGCUGCGAUUCUGAGAGUAAACGAGGAUACAGAUGGAUCCGCCGUGGCAUCAAGUACGACGGCGACGCCGCCCAGGGACCUGGCAUUCAGCGUCAGGGCUUCAGUUCUACUACGAGAUCCUGGCGCCUCAGAAAGCUACAUCUUGACAAGAUGUGCCUGGAUGCCCUUUUCUCCGAGCACGUCGGAUCCGGGUGCCCGAACUUGGAGGAUCUGGAGCUGACCGAGUGCAAGUUAGAGUUCGAAGCGAUCACCUCCGGCUCGCUGAAGAGCCUAGUCCUCAAAAAAUGCUGCAUGAUAGACGGAUUCCGUGAGAUCACGUCGCCCAUGCUGAGCAGCUUGGUUAUCGACGGCGGCAGCUACACCGGAGAUUGCCUGGUUGUUACCACGGCACCUGCUGCUGCUUCUGUGUUCCUGAAUGUCGAUGUUUCCGGCUUAUUUGUUGGUGGGUUUUCGUUGAGAGGGAUGACGACUUCCCUUGCCAAGGCAUCCGUUCGUUUACGGUCGAGGAAAAUUGUCGAUGCUCUGAAGAUCCUUGGCAGCGUGUCUGACGUGAUGACAAACCUAGAGCUGUCCCAGGUGAUGGUACUUGGUGAGUGCUCCGCAACAUUCCCACAAUUGAACAACCUAAGGACCUUACAACUAAACCGAUGCGACCUUAGUGAUGGCUUCCAGAUGUUGGGGCUCUUGCUUCGUAACUCACCCAACCUGGAGAGGCUCACUCUGCGGUGGUGCAAGUACUCAAAUGACUUGAAGAAUAAGAGAAGAUCGUCCAAAUCGAAGCCGUACCCCAACCUCGUCGAUGCCCGGUGCGAGAAACUCAAGCUCACUGAAAUAAUAUAUCGAGGCGAGGACAUCCACCAACUGAUUGAGCUUUUGCUCUGCAUUUCAGAGAAUUUACCGAACAAUUACAUAAAACUCAUUGAAAGUUAGUUAGUACAGAGAAUACAAAGGGGCAAAUCCUUCUUACGGGGGAAGAGAGGGAGGAAGGGAGGAGAAGAGACAAGAGUGCAAGAGACACAGAGUACAGUCUUUCCUACGCAAAGCGAGAAGCGAUGGGACAGCCGAGGAGCCCCCGCGGCUGGUGCCCCCGCCGGCGGGCCUCUGCCAUUGCCGCCUCCUAAUCUCCUCCUUCCUCCUUCCUCGUCGAUUCUUGGGUAAGACCUUCUUCCUCGCCUGCUUGGUUUCUCCCGUUCUCGAUGGAUCUUCCGGGGUUGUCUUUCGUCUGGGGACUCAAGGUUCAGGCUGCAGUCCUGGCAACUCUCAAUCUGCCAAUCUCCAAUCCAGCUCUGGGCAGAGACUCGUUCUUCCUGGUUGCUUCUUUUGGCAGAUGCAAGUUUAAACUUUGCUGUGAGUCAGUGGGUGUCAUUCUGCAAGCAACUCUUGGGGGUCUUGCAUCAGAUUUCAGAGUUUCUCAGUUGGGAGACAGAGUUUUCCGCUUUGUGGUUUCCACGAGAGCUGUGGGUUUCUAUGUCCGAGAUCUUCAGAGCUUUGAGUGCAAACUUUACAAAGUUUCCUUUCAUCUCUGGGGGAAUGGUGGCCCUAACUGGAAGAGAGAGUUCAGUUUGUUCUCAAGAGAAGAAGAAAGUUCCUGGGAGCACGUUAUCCCGACCACAAAAACAAGAACAACCUUUGCUGAGAUAGUGAAAGGCCCUCCUCUUUCUGGCGCCAACUCGAUCCCAUUGGGACGAAGAUCACUUUUCAGUAGACUCCGGUGGCCGGAGUUGGAAAAGACGAGAGCACCGCCGUUGCCAGCUUCCAAGGCCAAGGUCAGGGCCACCGCUCAGAGUUCAAACUCAAAUUCGAAUUUGAAUUCAGCCAGAAACACAAUCUUCUGCCCAAGAUGUUUGUCUCCUGACCACCAGAGGCACCGCUGCAAUCAGCCUAUCCGUUGUCGUGCCUGCAUGAAGACUGGUCACGUAGCAGCAUUCUGCAUGGCUGUGCCUGCUCGCCCGAGGAGACAGGAUCCUUCUCCCCCAGAUUUGGUUCUGAACA